CCCGACCAACGUCAUCACAGCCCAACUCCACUGUCCAUCCCUUGUUGCAGCUUCCACUUCCACAUGCCAGGAACAGACUGACCCCAACUUUUUAGAUCUCAGCCUAGCGAAAUCUUGACAAAGGGUUUCUACUUCUUUCUUCUGUACACUCAACAUAUUCCCUCAAAAAAGACCCCAUUACCGUCAUAGUUGAAAAGUUACAAUGCCUCGCACCACCAACAACCCGGUCGAUGACCCCCGCAUCACCCUUCGCCUCAAAUGCGGUAUCCAUACAAUCUUCCUCUUCGUUAUGCUAGAUUGGACCUUUGCCAAGGUGUCCGAAGAGCUACUCAUGAUCCUCCAUGACCGCUACCCCAACGGUCUUACAUUCAGCGUCGACGCCGAACCGGUCCCUCUCCCCGAAGGCGAUGUCAAAAUCGUUUAUGGAAUCCCUAGGCACCCUAAUGGGGACUUAAGCCACGGGUGGAAGAAGCUGAAGGUGGAAGACGAGGACACGGUAGAAUCAUCCAAGCUUGCGGAUGUAAGCGCUGUGGCCUUUGCGCUGGUUGAUCCUGAGUCGUAUGGCAAUGUGACGUUUGAUGUCACUGUUCCGCGGUUGGACGACUAUGAUGAAGAGUACUGAGUCAUGGGAGGGAACAUAACGGCGUUUGCGUGGCGCAUUGGUUUAGGUUCAGGCUGCAUGGCGGCAAGGUCGGCGUUCGGGUUAAAGAUAUUGAGCAAAAAUGAAAAGGCGCUUUGGUUAUGGGAAAAGGAUACAUCAUACGUCUACCUGACAUGUAUACCACUGGCUUCUACAUCGUUAUCUGAAAAGUCCAUUGUAAAACAUCCUCCCACUUUCCCCUACCCUUUUCUUAAAAAAAAAAAAUCGAAUUAGUCCGCCUUUCCCAC